AUGCGAGAGGCUAAGCGCCUAGCGGCGUCGCUGCUGUCGCCCGGCAAUCCCCGUUCGCUGCUCUUCCUACAGCUGCUGCUCGUCCUCCCCUGCGUCAUCAUCGUCACGCUGCUCUUUUCCAUCCCGCGCGCCUACAAGCCUUCCAAGCCUGGCCUCAUCUCGCAGCGCUUCGCCGCCAUCAACGCCGAGCUGGCCACCGUCGCCGUGCCGGCCGCUGCCGCCGGCGGCGCAGACGGCGACGGCGGCGGCGGAGCCGCUGCAGCCGGCAACGCCGCCGCAGCCGCCGCCGCGGCGCUGGCGGCGAAGCAGCAGGAGCCGGUGCGGGCGAUGGACGUACACGUGGCAGUGACGGACACGAAGGCGACCAAGGCGGAGGCUGCGCGGAAGCAGGCGCAGGCGGAACAAGCGCGCAAGGCGCGGCUGAGCGCGCUGGUGCGCGGCAAGACGUCGUGCGGAUGCUUCCAAACGAUCUCAGGCCCGGGCGGCGCCUUCCACGUGAUGUGCACCUGCAAGCUCCUCUGCUGGGACGGCCGACAGCUCAUAGCACAAACCGCCAACCCCGAAGCCCCCAUCCCCUGCAACCAGCUCACCUCAGACGUGUCCCCAGACGCGCCAAUCGUAGCCCUCCAUUGCCAGGCCAAGAUCAACGGCCAGGAUCCGCUCGAUCUGGUCCGAAAAGCCGGGGAAUUCCGGCCGAUCGCAACCCGACCAGCUGACUGGAUUAGCACAAGGAAAGGGCCGGUGGCGUGGCGGCUAGGCAGGUCGUUUAUCCAGAGAAUGGAGGCCGGAACAGAGGACGUUUCGGCCUUUGUCGCGCGCUUCUUCCCCAUUCUGCUCGUGAACAACGCGACGGUCCCCGCGCUGCUGCCGCCCGUGCACCGGUUUGUGUUCCCCCGGGACUCGUACUAUCGUGCCGUGCUCAAGGGUCUGGGCCCCGACGGGUUCCAGGUGGGUGUGCUGGAACAGCUGCUGGGAGCGGCUUUUGAAUCAAGCGAGAGGGGAAAGAACAGUUCUGCUGGUGGCGCUGCUGCUGGUGGUGCGGGUGGUCGUGCAGGCAGCAGGGAUUGGGAGAGAGCUAAUUUGCUCGAUCCCCAGGAGCCGACAGUGCAAGGGCAGGAGGGGGGAGAGGGAGCGCGUGUGGAGGACGAGGAGGGGCGCAAGGUGGAGUUUGAGGGGCAGUGGGGGGCAGCCACAGAGGAUGCUCCCAUGUGCUUUGAGCAUGUGGUGCUGCCAGGAGUGCUGGAUGGGGUGAUUUACCCCUUGGGUCGCAUUCAGGCAGAGAUAUUCCUUCACAAGACAAACCUCUCGUUCACCGUGACUGAAGCCGCCAUGCGCGAUACCUCCUUCUCCCGCUCCUACUCUGCUAUUCGCAGCGCGGAUAUCAUCCUGGGGUUGCACGGGGAACAGCUCGCAACGGCCGCUGCGUUCGCCACCCGGGAAACCCCUGUCAUUGAGAUCAUGCCAUUCCAUGUGUACUCUCCGCGGUUCGAAUCCCUCGUGCUGUCUUCCGGUCUCCCGUAUUUCCAGCACCAGUGUCAUCCCGGCCCUUUCUGGCCCUUCAACCCUGCUGCUGCCGAUGCUGCUAAGCGUCCGCCUGCCACAGCGACCCAGGGGCUGCCUGCUGCUGUGAUAAACGAGAUCAGAACAUGGGCGGAGGCCGAUGUGGCUUUCCUGAAUGUGACUGUAGCGGAUUGCUUUGUGGAGAGUAUAACGGGGGCGGGGGGGGUCGCGGCGCUGGGGUGCCGGAAGCAUUUUCUCAAGGACCGGCCGGUGCGGCUCUGGGAGGAGGAUAUCGCGGGGAUAUCCCUGCUAGUGUCCCUAGCACGGAAUAUUUCCCAAGCUGCCACCACGGGAAAGAGCAUCGUCCAUGCAGCUGAUUCAUCGGCCUCCUCUUCUUCUUCUUCCUCCGCGGCUGGAUCUGCUCAGCAUUUGUCUGCAUCGGGGGAAUCGGCAGUGGGGGCAAUGAUGGACGGGGAGUUGGAGGGGGCGUGUGUGGGGCGUGGGCUGGACCUGGGGUAUUGCCGGCAGGACUUUGUGCAGCUGCCUUGGGGGAGUGGAGAGGUAGUGCUUACAUCGGCGCGUGGAGUGGGUUCGGGGGAUGCGGGUGGGGGUGUGGGUGCUGCUGCUGGUGCUGGUGCUGCUGCUGCUGAUACGGUGAAUGGAUCAGAGUGUGUGGUGGCGAGGAAGUGUUGGAAUCUGGAGGGGUGGGUGCAGGCAAGGUAG